AUGGAAGGCGCAUAUGACGAAAUCAUAUCGGAUAAUCCGUUCUUUAUAGAAUUUAAAAAUGAAUAUUCAAGUUUGUUUCAACACUGUAUUUCUCAAUCAUGGAUAAUAUGUAUACCUCGCAUUGGAAGCUUAAAUACACGCGUAUUCACCGUUGAAGAUUUUUGUGCUCAUGUCUUAGUGCCCAGUGAUGAAUUACCAGAAACACAUUAUAGCACUCUCACUGAGAAACAAAUUACUGUCGCUAACAAAGUUAUUACCUUGGAAGUUACAAAAGGAUUACCACUCCAGAGUCAUAUAUUAUUUGAAGAAACAUUUUAUACUGAAGAUUUUAUUAAAUAUAAGGUAUGGUGUGUUGAGAGUCCUCUAGAACCUAAUUCUAAUAUAGUCGAUAAUUCUAUGACUAAAGAUUGCCUACUUUCUAUUAAUGACUGCAUUGAUUUACUUUGGACACAAGCUGCAGGACGCCAAGUCUUAGACCAAAUAGAGAAUAAUGUCCAAAUGUUUUUAAAGAAAUAUUCCCCUUUACCUAUAGCUAUUGCCCCUCUAAAAGAAGCAGUAAGUGAAUUAUAUACUGAGUGCCUUCAAAGCACUUUACAAAGUCGUAGACUUAGAGAAAAAUGUAAAGCCUCUAAACAUUUACUAGAAAAUAUUAAAUUGUCCGUUGAAAGUUAUAUGCAACAUUUAUUAUUUGACUCCCUUUUUAAGCCGAUUUGUACAAUAUGUGCCUAUGAAGACUCCCACUUAAAUAAAAAGAUAAGAAAUAUGUGUGAUAUUCAACUUAGAGAUCUUGAUAUAAAAAAAGACUUGUACCAUGCAGUGCCUAAAGCAAAACAAAUAUUAUCAAAAAUUGAUACAUAUGAUACUAUUCUGGAAAAAGUACUAUGUCUUAAGCAAGCAUUAAAUGCUAUUAACAAAAUUGACAACAGCAAUAAUGUUGUUCUUUUAACUGCUGAUGAUUUAUUACCAGUUUUUGUUUUCUUACUCAUUAAAUCUGGAUUGCCAAACUGGUACAGCCAGCUGAAGUAUAUGAAAGAAUUCCGCUUUAGUGGUAUUGGCAAAGGGGACAGUGAUGAAAGUGCAUUUCUUAUAACAACUUUAGAAGCUGUUAUUGAACACAUACAGUCUGGUGCUCUAGCAGGUCCACCAAACCCAGAAUCUUAUUAUUAUGAAAGCAAUCUUACAGAAGAAAAUCUUAAUGAUAGUAUUCAAAGGAAAAGUAGCUUGACUGAGUCCAUAUCAACAAAUGACACAACAGGCAGAGAGGAAACAUUAGAAUACAUUUUUGAUCUAAUUAAAGCAAGUAAUUCAGAACAAGUACAAAAAUUAUUAGAAAAAAAUCAAAAACACAUGGACAGUAUACAGCAAAAUGAAAACACUGCAAUAAAAUUAGCAGAAAAUCAAGAUGAUGAUGACGAUGAGGAGGAAGAAGAAAACUAUGAAGCAGAAAUUUAUCAAAGAUUAUGCCAUCCUUUGUGCAAUUGUAAAAAAUGUUGCUCAAAAAUAUCUAAGAAUCUCUUAAAAACUUCACCAACUGUAUCUUCAAGAGACAGCCAUGGUUUGACUCCUUUACAUGUUGCUUCUAUACAUGGAAAGGCAAAUAUAGUGGAAGUUUUAAUUGAAAUGGGGGCAAGAGUGAACGCAACUGAUCUCAAUGAGUGCACACCAUUGCAUUAUGCUGCAUCUAGAGGACAUCAAAAUGCUCUGCUAUUAUUAUUACACUCAGGAUCCAAUAUCAAUCAAGCAAACAUUGACAAAAAUACUCCAUUGCACUUAGCAGUUAAUAAUGGUCAUAUGAAUUGUGUUAAAGCAUUGAUAUAUUUUGCUGAACAUGGUAGAAAAAAACUAAAAAUAAAUUGUAUAAAUGAACUUGGAAAUACUCCUCUACACUUAGCUUCCAAGUGGGGAUAUGAAGGCAUUGCUAAGUUGCUGAUAGAGAAUGGUGCUGAACCAUCAUUGCAAAAUCGCAAUAACAAAACUGCAUUUGACUAUGCCCAUAAUUUAAAGAUAUUACAGGUCCUCAAAUCGAGUAUGCCCAAUUUAUAUGAAUAUAUUCAUAUCACAAGCACAGACGUCAAAACAUUAACUUGUAAAUCUGAUAAUCCUGUUAGUUUAAAGUUACAAAAUAUUAAAACAAAAAAUGAAUUGAAUAAUGCAAAUAAAACUGUAGAAAAUUUAAAAAGGAUUGAAAGAAUCUUACAAGCAAUUUCCUAUGGUGAUGUUAAACUUGCCUGUUUUUAUAUGAAUAUUAAUUAUGAAAACUAUAUUAACGCAAACACUAUACCUAAAGGAACAUCUUGUCAUCCCCUUUGUGAAUGCCAAAUGUGUAAGAAAACUCACACGACAAUUUCUGAUUAUGAUGUUAAUUUUUCCGAUACAAAUGGACUGACAGCACUGCAUUAUGCAUCCCGGUAUGGAUUAGUUGAACUGUGUAAAAUUCUCAUUUUAAACAAAGCAAACGUAAACUCGUCUAACAAAAAAGGCAAAACACCUUUACAUUUGGCAGCUUUGAAUAAUAAAACUGUAGUUAUUAGUUUUCUACUUGACAAUGGAGCAAAUAUAAAUGCAAUUGACCUAUCUGGGAAUACGGCAUUACAUGAUGCAAGUGAAGUGGGCAAUAUUGGAGCGGCAAAAAUUUUGUUAAAUUAUAAUCCAAACAUUGUAUUGUUGAAUGGUUCCCAAAAGUCUGCUAUAGAUGUGGCUAAAGAAAAACUCCAUUUAACAAUCAUAGAUUUAAUUGAAAAGUAUGCAAAUAAAAUGAAG